AUGGAAGGAAAUCCAGCCUCAGUGGUAUGCUCUCUAAGGGGACUUUUUGAAGAAACUAAUCCACGUUAUGCCAAGACGGAUUCGCGCAGUCUUGGUUCUUUGUUCAAUUACAUGGUUGCCCUCAAUACCAACGCCAUCAACUUCCACCCAAAACACCGCGGAAAAAUCGUGGGCAUCCUCAGCGCUUCUUUUGCAGGCAGUUCGUCGGUUUUCGCGGCAUUGUAUUUCCAUGUAAUUGGGAAGAAGGACCCUAAGAGUGGCGACAGUUUUUCCACGCUGAUGAUUGUGUUCAAUGUGUGUUUUGUGGUCCUGGAAAUUUUGUGUAUUGCGUUUUUGCGAGUGUAUCCACGUGUUAAACCCAUAGACAACAUCAUAUCUGAUGUCAGGGCAGAAAGCCUGUGUGAACAACCGUACGAUAAAAGCCUCGAGGGCGUUAAAAAUAGUACGGAAGUCAUCCAUCGCAUUUAUGCGAAUGUUUCCACUUCCGAGAAUAUUGGUGAUACAAAGGCAUCUGAUAUAGAUUUAGUAGUUCCAGAUGACACCACAUGGUCAGAUGGUACGUCUUUAUUAACUUUCCUCAUCACACUUGACUUUCAGCUCCUGACGUUGAUAUUUACGUUAACGUCUGCAGUUGGUCAGGUUUUCUUGAUUACCCUCUUACAGACUACGGCGGCAUCAGGAAUGGACAGUCAAAACGCGUUAAUCGUUCUAAUAAUUCCAAUCAUCAAUGCUGUUAUCAGCGCCGCCAUCGGGAUAAUUUCUGAUCAUUUUCACCAAAGAGUUCCCCGAAUGUGUCUCCUCACAAUGGGAACUGUGGCGUUUAUUAUUUGCCAGGGUCUAGUGAUAGGACUGGGUGACAAAUACCAGGCACUUGUUACUGCUUCACUGAUAAACGGGGUGGGACAAAGCAUCAUUUGGUCCAUAUCUCCGGUGGUCAUGAGUGAAAUGUUCAGCAUCAAGAACCUUGGUCGCAAUUGGGGCAUCGCUCUGCUGAUGUCUUCGCUGGUAGGUUGUGCAGCCCUAGAGUUUUUUUUACGACGCGACGAUAUCCAUCCCUGGGGAAGUGUACUGUUAUGGAAUGAAGUAUGUUCGUGA